AUGGUAAACGGAGAGGAGUACUUUCUCGAUAUCCUCGCUAGCAUGCUUGAUUCUGUGCUAGAAAAGAUGCCGCCGCUGACGGUUGGUCGGUUGACAGCGAAGGAGCCUCCGAGCAUGCAGCAGCAGCGGUCAUGCAGACCCCCUGUAGAGAGCCUGAUCAUCGGGAAGCAGCAUGGCUUGACAUUACCCGACAACGCUCCACGACGGAGAGUGGAAGCAUUGAAACAUUCCAUAAGUACCCUUGGUCCAAAUAUCCCUCGCAGCUUACAUGCCACUUCUCUCUGGUGUUUGGCAUUUGACGUUGAAAAAAGCUUCACCCGAAAAUCAUCUGAUCUCCACCAUAUAAAGUUUCUUUGA